AUGUCAAAUGCAUACAAUGCUACAAUUUUAUCCCCUGUGUUCAAAAACUUUUUAUGGCGGAGUCAUGUGGGCGAUUGUGAACCUAUACAAGUAAGAUUUAAAGAUAAGUUUUCUUAAAAUCUCAAAAAGUUUUAAUUUAAUUUCUUUUCUGUGUUUUUUGCAGUGAUUUCAAUAAUAAUUUUAAAAUCAAUACAAUUAAUUUUACUACUAAUUUCAAUUUAGGCCAGCAUACCAGAAAAAGUAGAUUCGCUAGGUAUUCAAUUAUUGUUUUCUGUGUUAUAUUUAACUGUUUGGUUAUGUGCUAUUACGGGGAAUUUAUGUGUUAUAUACGUUGUUACAUUAAAACAGGUAAGUUCAAUUUUUAAUGUUUUGACGUGAGAUAUGCACAAUAGGUUAGCGUUUUUGAUACUUUACUCAAGCCAAUUUUCAGGUAUCUCUUUCCGCUGUUCGCUCAGUAUUUAUUUGUUCGUUAGCUGUCAGCGACAUAUUAAUGUCGUUGACGUCUUUACCCAUUACUGCUGUCUCUAUAUUCACUCGCGAUUGGGUGUUUCCACGAAUCUUUUGCAAACUGAUGGGAGUUUUUCAAGGCGGUAGUGUAUUUGUUUCUAGUUUUACACUUACCGCCAUCGCAGUAGACCGGUACAUUUUGAUUAAACACCCAGCUUCAUCGGUAAGGCAAAAUUUUAACUUAAUAUGUUUUUCAUAAAAAAUUUCAAAUGUGUAUCUUUAAAUUAUUUUUUUACAGUUAUUACUAAAACUCAAUUUUUUUUGUUUAGAAGGUAAAUUUUAACAAAGCUUUGCUAAGCGUGAUACUAAUAUGGAUUAUGGGUUAUUUGUUUGCACUGCCGGUAGGCAUAUUCUCAAAUACGGAGCCUUACACACCAUUAUGUGGACUAUUUUGUGAGGAAACAUGGUACGUUUCACAGUAAAUCAACAUCAUUUUUUGUUUUUUUAAACAUGUUUUAUUUCUGUUAAAAAGUGUAAAUUUUAAAUCUUUGCAGGCCAGAUAUAAACAAUCGUGGCAAUUCGCAGAUGCGCAAGACAUACGGUAUGUACAUUCAUAUUAAAUUCAAAAAAGCUUAAAUGAAUAUAUAUUUAUAAUAAACGUUUGCCUUUUUAGGGUUAGCAGUUUUGAUUAUUCAAUUUGGACUGCCAUUAGUGAUAUCUUCUAUAUGUUACUACAGUAUUGGCCGAGUAAUUAAUCAGCAGAUUAAGAAAAGGCAUCAGUCACAAGUUUUGCUUCAAGAUAAUCAAAAUCGUUUAGAAACCCGAAAACAUCGUUCAAAUCGGUAAGGACGUUCAGUUUUCUUAAAAUUUUUCAUGAUGAAUACGCAUUUAUAUCUCACUUUUUUACAGGAUGAUGGUCGCUAUGGUGGGAGGACUCGUUUUAGCAUGGCUUCCUAUGAAUCUCAUUAAUUUGAUGCGAGACUUCGACGCAUCCCCGGACCGCUUCAAUGAUUGGUAUUCGUUAGUGUUUGCCGGAUGUCACGUGGUAGCUAUGACAUCCGCCGUCUGGAACUUUGUCAUCUACAGCUGGUUUAACCCGCAAUUCAAGGAAACUUUAUUACAAGUUGGGAAACAACAAAAACAAAGCAGUACUUAUCACGCGGUAGCAAGGACGCGUUCAGUCGCAAACGAGCGGCCUGAUUUUUGA